GCUGUCUCCUUCCGAACUCGACGCGUUGACCCACUCGUCCGAGAUGAAAGUCGCCUGACGGAAAAGGAGGCGGAGGGAGAGAGGCGGGAGGGACAGGGGGAGGGGGAGGAGAGCGAGAGAGAAGGAGAAGAAGAGGAUCCGUUGUGUCAGAGUACGGAAGAUGAGGUCGGGAAGAUGUUGAGGUCGACGCUGAAUGACCUGGAGACAGCUCUGGAGGUAAGAGAGAGUCGCCAGGUGAGUGAGAGGCAGGAGGCCCAGCUGGUCAGGGAGAGAGGGAGGAGCAGAGAGCUCCAGAGGCAACUGGAGGAAGUGAGGGAGAGCAAAGAGGAGACCAUUUCUCAACUCACCUCUCAGGUACUGGAGAUGAAGAAGAGUGUUCGCGGAAACAAGGAACGCAGCAGCUCUACUGCAGCUGGUGGCGACUCUGAGGAGGGAUUGGACACAAUGACGUUCUGUUUCCUGCGACAGGCAGUCUAUCAUUUCCUGGCAGACAUCCACCCAGAGGAUCACCUUCGCUCCAUCAGCUCCAUACUCAAGUUCACCCCACAAGAGAGAAAAAUUGUCUACUCUCAAUUUGGAGAACGAAAAUAAUAGCACUGGAAAAUAUUUUAUAUUAUGAGGCUAAAAAAUGUACAAAAAUAAGAUAAGAUGCAGGUGAUGGGGUUAAACUAAAGAGAGGGACGCUGUUUUUUGGUGGGGGACACGCCCUCGUUGAAACGAGCGUCAGAGCUGGUCCAGAAAGGGUUACUGGUUUCCUCGACGGUGACCUUUUCGACCUCUACCCACAGGCCACACCCACUAGACUUGGAAAUGGCAUCGAGCACGUUUCUAACGUAUAGUCCGUCUUCGAAAUUAGCCGAAACGAGAACUCUUUGAAGACUGUCUCUCCGAGGGGUGUGCCUGUGAUUAGCUUGCUCGAAAUCUUCCUUCAGGGCUCCAAACAGCUCCCUACACCCAACCAGGUAGGGCUGGUAGAAAUCGGGACAGUGUUUGGAAUCCAGGACGUCCUGCGGUACAUCCAGCUUGUCCUGUUUGUGGAUCAGGAUUUCUCUGCCGGGUCCCGAAUCCGUUUUAA